ACCCCUCUCUCACUCAUUGUCCUUUUUUACCCAUUCCUGCACCCACCCGAGAACAAGAAUUCGAUCCCAUUCCAAUUCCACCCACUUGCUUGGCGAAUUACUACCGCCGAUUCGGCCGACAGCGAUGGCCUCUUCCGCCGACGAGGGCUUACCGCCGCUGACGCCGAUCAAGAUGGCGCCUCCUUCGACGUCCGCCGCUGAUGCCGCCUCGGCCGCUCCGUCCCAGGCGACGUCGACAACGAAGAUGCAGGUGUCUGCAGAAUAUGAGGACGCGACGAAGGUGGCGGUGAAGGAGGACCGGGAGGACCCGUCGACGCCCAGGUCGGAGGAGAGCAGGCUCCGGGCGCCUGAGGUGUGCCCUCCGGCGCCGGUGCCUCGUAUGCCGUCCGUGAAGCGGAAGUCGCGGCCUAUUUUUACGACGACGACAGCCCGGACAUACCUCUUCGUCCCGCGAGACCUCUCCGCCGUGUUCCGGACCAUGCCGCCAGAGAAGCGGAUCCGGGCGUCCUGAUUCUGCUGUUGCUGCGAUCUGCCACCGGCCGGCCGGCCUCUCGAUCGCCAAGGAAAACUGAAAGCAUUAGUGCCGCAGGCUGUGCGCUUCAGGAAAUGGCUGGCUAGCCACCAUGCAGAGUCCCAGCUGUACCAUCUUUCAGAAAUGUACUCAGUUCAUUUCCUAAUAGCUCCAGCUGCUGCAUACUGAUAUGAUUAUAUGAAUCGUGCAGUGCUGCAAGAGUGAUAAUUUUCUACCUGUCCGUCCAGACAAACGGGGAGGAACUGACUGAGACGGAGGCAAUUCGACGGCAACCGAUGAUCGCUGCAGUGACAAGAAGGAAGGAGAAGCGAAGGAUCUGCCGCUAGACAAGCGAAAGGAACAGCAGCAUGCAUGAAUGCUUUCGCAGCCUUGCAGUUGCAGCCACGGCCAGGCUGCAGAUGUGUGUCACAGCACAGGCUGAAUUUCGCAGCACAUGCCCGACCGAUCUCCUCCCUGCAGCCACAGCCACUGUGCGUACGUUGAGACCAGUGGCCUGCAUGCAUGAAUUCAGGCAGCAGGCGCCCGACGAGCAGCGCCAGGGGAAAAGGACGGGAGAGAUGGCUGCAAACAAGGCCUUUUACUCAUGGUGGUCCUCCGCUUGUCGCCUCCAUGUCCAUGGAUCCAUCGCCGACGACGACGACUCGAUCCUCUCUGACCGCCUGCCGGACAGUAGAUCUACUGCCGACGGGGACGGCGCACACGUAUCGGCCGGUUGAGGAGGCAGAUAAUUCCGCGCCGUUCGUACGCGCGCGCACGUUGGAUCAACUGAUCGUCGACAGCUUGUGUCGUACCAUGUAUGAUCGAUGGAUCAUUUGUGAAACCUUGUUAUAUAAUUCAUGUAAAGGUUCAAGAUUUCGACGAUGGAGA